AUGUAUGGCUGGCUCUUUACAAGAGAGUUUCUGGAGGUGGUGAGCGCUGAGCGGGACAGUGUCCCCCUGCAGAGCUGCCUGCUGACCACCAGCACUGCCGUCUACCGCAGCCCAUGGGGCAGAGGCACGGACCCCACCUCCGUCUUGCAGGGCUGCCCACACCCUGAGCAUCCACGUCUCUACAGUGCCGGGGAGGGCCAGACCCCGGCCAUGGCAAGCCCCUGGAUCCGGCAGGACACCUCGACUCUGCAGUCUCCAUGUGGGUGCCCUGGCGGAGGACCCACAACUCCUCGCGAGAGGUCAGGUGGAGACAUGGACAUGGAAGGGCCAGAAGUGGGGCUGAGGCCCAUGGAUGGAAGGGGCAGCCCCGAGGCCUUCUACACGGGUGGACGCAGCCCGGGCACUAGGGGGCGCUGGUUCCGGAAGUCGUACGUCGAGGCCCUGCGCAAUCCCGUGCUCCUGGGCUCCAGCUCCGAGGAGUCUCUUCUGGAUGAGGUUGGGGACAAAGCGGCCGGACACCUGGCCCAAGGCAGCAGGUCUCUGGUGGCCACUAACCCGGUGCAGAGGGAGCUGGCAAGCCCGCGGAGCCCCCGCGAGAGCCACCGGCCCACAGACAGGGCAAGGAUGACGUCCAGGAGGUCAAGGUCCUGGGACAAGCCCCUCAGGAACCCCCUCAGCAAGAAGCCUGGUGAUCCGGCAAGUGUCCGGUCUGAGGGUCUCUCCAGAGGUCAGGCUGCAGGGACCGAGAGCUCCCCAGAAGCUUCAGUCGUUAUCGGCACAGACAGCAGCAGUUCCCAGGGCCCAGGACCCACCCGCUUCUCUGACAUGCCCCUCAAGCUGCCAUGCCCUGAGGACCCUGGAAACUCUGAACUUGGGAUGCCUGGCCAGAUGCUGGGUGUCAGCCUGGUACUGCUGCAGUUGGGGGCUGUAAUCCUGCCAGGAACCCGGGACUACGGCGGCCGGGCAGUUGUACAGGUGUGCAUGGGAGGACCCCUCUGGACCAGGGAGCAUGCCUCGAGCACCGAGCUAAUCCGCCUCCUAUUGUACCUGCACAGCAUCCCCAGGAAGGAGGUGCAGGACCUGGGGCUGGUCAUCCUGGUGGACGCACGGAAGGGUCCGAUCACCCCUGCUCUCUCCCAGGCCCUCAUGGCCCUUCAGAGCACUGUUCCUCCCAUGAUACAUAGCAUUUUACUGUUGGUGGAUAAAGAAUCAGCAUUUAGGCCUGACAAGGAUGCAGCAAUUCAGUGUGAGGUGUUGAACUCCCUGAAGGCCCUGCACAAGCUCAUUGAUAGCUCCCAGCUGACUGCUGAGCUCGACGGCUCUUUCCCCUACAGUCACAGUGACUGGAUCACCUUCCGAAGGAAAUUGGAACCCUUCACAGCAAACUGCAAACAAGCCAUUGCUUUCCUACAAAAUUCAGUCUGUUCCCUGAAUACCGACAGAGUCCUAAAUACAGCACAGGAAGUGACCGAGCUCAUCCGAACGCACAGGGCCAUGAUGAAGUGCGUCCUGGAAGACACACUGCUGGUCACCCUCAGGCUGGAGGGUGGCGCCAUUCUGGCGAGGCUCAGGAGGGACGAGCUUGGCACCAGUGAGGAUGGCCGGGACGCCAUUGAGGUGGCCACCAGACUGUACGACCAGGUGGAUGAGGAGGUGCACAGGCUCGUCCUCUCUUCCAACAGGUGUCUGCAGCAUUUGGAGGGCCUGCAGGAGGUGCAGCCGCUCGAGGAGGACCCCACCGAGGACUCACAGGACCUGCCCUGGGAGCUCGUGGUACCCCCCACCUCUGGUACUCAUGGGAUCCAUCCCUGGGAGUUCAUCAGACUCCCCAACUACCCCCUCCCUGCCCAAGCAGCUGGGUGGACUUCUCCCUGCAGGAAAUGCCCCAAUACCGCUGAAGACUCAGCUCCUUUUCCUGAUGCUGAGCACUUGGGGCCCUCCACCCUGGAGCCGGGGCCAUACCAAACCUUGUGGUCACAGACCCGACAGACCAACCACCUAGAGGAGACCCUUCCUGAAGCUGUCCCCGGCUGCAGCUUACCAGCCUCCCCACAAGGUACCAGUCCCUCACAGGCGGACACGUACCUUGGCCCAGGUGGCCUCCUGGACAACGGCUCCCCCUGCCAACCCGAGCCCACCCCCGGCCCCCGCCUCAGGAAGCACCCCCUGAAGAAGAUGAUGAAAACCCAGAGCUUUGAGGCAUUCCUGCCCGCUGGCUCCAGGGAUCCCCGCCAGCCGAGACACACUGGAGUGCACAUCCGAGGCUUGGAGGUGACCAGCUCCGUGGCUGCUGAGACCCCCCUGCUCGUCCGGAACCGCAGCCAGUCCUCUCCCUCCAGAGUCCAGCACCCCGAGGAGGACGGGAGAACACACGUGGGAAGCCGCCUGCAUCACAUAAUGGCCGAGAUGGUGUCCACAGAGAGGGAGUAUGUCAGGUCCUUAGGCUAUGUCAUCGACAACUAUUUUCCAGAGAUGGAAAGGCUGGACCUGCCUCAGGAUCUGCGGGGGAAACGUGGCAUCAUCUUUGGGAACCUGGAGAAGCUCUAUGACUUCCAUGGGCAGCACUUUCUCAGGGAGCUGGAGCGAUGCUGGCAAUGCCCACUGGCUGUGGGCCAAGGUUUCCUGAAACACGAGGAGCAGUUUGGCAUGUAUGCACUCUACAGCAAGAACAAGCCGCGCUCGGAUGCUUUGCUCAGCAGCCACGGCAACUCUUUCUUUAAGGCCAAGCAGCAGGCGCUGGCAGACAAGAUGGACCUGGCCUCCUACCUGCUGAAGCCGGUGCAGCGCAUGAGCAAGUACGCACUGCUGCUCAGGGACCUGGUCAAGGAGGCCGGUCGCAGCCCUGCCCGAGAACAGGAGUUCAGCCAGCUGCGGGCCGCCGAGGACAUGGUCCGCUUCCAGCUGCGUCAUGGCAACAACCUGCUGGCCAUGGACGCUGUGCGAGGCUGUGAUGUGAACCUGAAGGAGCAGGGGCCCCUCCGGUGCCAGGAUGAGUUUGUCAUCUGUUGUGGACGCAGGAAGUACCUGCGACAGGUGUUCCUCUUUGAGGACCUCAUCUUGUUCAGCAAGACCAAGAAGAUGGACGGUGGUAACGACAUCUACGUGUACAAACAAUCCUUCAAGACGGCAGACAUCGGCAUGACGGAGAACGUGGGAGACAGUGGCUUGAGGUUUGAGAUCUGGUUCCGUCGGCGUCGGAGGUGGCAGGACACCUACAUCCUGCAGGCAGGCUCGGCCGAGGUGAAGGCUGUGUGGACGGGAAUCCUAGGAAGGAUCCUGUGGAGGCAAGCUCUUCGAAACCGAGAACUCCGAAUGCAAGAAAUGGUGUCUAUGGGGAUAGGCAAUAAGCCGUUCAUGGACAUCAAGCCCAGCGAGGCCGCCAUAAGUGACCGGGCCAUUGAUUACAUCAUGAAGGGUACAGAGUCUCGGUCACGUGCGUCCAUCGCUGUGUCCUCGUUUGACCACACCACCCCCUUCAAGAGGCCCCAUUCCAGCAUCUCAGACAGCAGCACGUCCUCCUCCUCGAGUAGCCAGUCUUCCUCCAUCCUGGGCUCACUGAACCUGCACGUGUACCCCAGCCCCCCAGGCCCGCUGAGCCCUGCCUUCUGCCCCUGGCCCUACGACGUCCGAGCCUGCAUCCAAGAGGACGAGCUGGAGACGAGCAGCCAGCCCUCCAUGACCACAGAGAGCUCGGGGUCCUCGCAGUGCACCUCGGGGGAUAGCACAGGCAGUGCCCACCAUCCCAGGCACCCAGUUUUGCCGCAACUUGAGGAUGAUGGUGUAUCGGACCCUGGCUCCUCUGGGACCCCCACCCAGAGCACCCCCCCAGCUUCACCGGACAGGAGCCCACCAAGGCGCAGUGGGCAGUUCACUACCGCAAGCCCCCUCACUCCCUCCCUCCUCUCAGAGCCCCCUCACUUCCUACCCCCUCAGAGCCCCUCUACCCCCUCUUCUCGUGCCUCCCCCAUGCUCCCUCCCCCCUCUCAGAGUUCCCCAGUGCUGGCCACUUCCUGCUCUGUGAAGGGGUCUGGGCUUCAGAAGGGCUGA